CGCGCCAUUUUUUGAAUGAAGUAAAGUUCACAAAAAGUUCCAAAAAGACUCUAUCAUCUAGAUAGAAGCGUAAAGCUAAUUUACCACGAAAUUGGGUAAAGAAUCUGUAAAAAGUUUCACGUUAAUCUGAGAUAGUCAUCGUAUAAAUAACCUAACCAAGAGAGAGAUGUUUGGAGUAAAGGAGCAAGUCGAAGGCUGCGGUCAAUGGAUAUCCACAAAAUCCAAACGGAACUUUCGCCAGCCACUUCAAAAGCAACACAAGAAAAACACCAAAAAGACAUUCAACACAGUCUUCAAACGAGACCACAUACCUGGAGUCUACAUCUCAGCUUCUCCGAUCCCUGAACAUGUCAAGAAAAGAUUGGCCCGAGCAAAGCAGUGCAAGUUAGAACGGUUUUUGAAGCCUUUUAAAGUAGAUCAAGAUUUCAUAGAACAGGAUCGUGGGGCUAUCGAAGAAGAGAUGUGUAAAUUUGGAAAUGCAUUCAAAACAAGACGGGUACUAGGAGCCCGUAGAAGGCAACGUUGGAGUGGUGAAGGGCUGGAAUCAGAUAAUUACAUGUCUGGCUCUUACACAAAAAGUAUUGAUGUCAGUGGAGUGAUGCCACUACAACAAACAAUGUCACCAUCUGAGGACUGUUUACAUGAUUGUGUUGAUGAAUCUAGCGAUAAACACCCUGAUUGUCAGAGGAAUAAUGUGCCUAAUAGAACAAGAAAAUUAUCAGACACAGAAAACUAUGCUCCAAAUGCAAAAAAGAUCAAGUGCUCAUCUACAGGGGGAAUUAACGAAAACUAUUAUGACCUGGAUGGCUGCUAUAGUGAUAAAAUUAGAAACCCUGGCAACCAUGAUAGCUUACCAACAGCUGUUAAAUUUAAAGAGACUAGCUGUGUUGAUCUUGAUUCUAGUAAUGAUUGCAUCGAAACUGGAAACCAUGAUAAGAAUCAUAGCAGUUCCAAUAAUGACAGUGAAUAUGCUCCCAUUGACUUAAACAACUAUGCCAGCGAUGGAUCCAUGUCAGAAUCAUUUCACUACACACAGUGGGUAAGGGCACAGGUCAACCAGUGCAAACACAUACAGCACAAGCUCAACAAUGAUUCAGAAAAUAAAAACGGGACAGGCAGAGAUGAUAUAAGCACAGAGACAAGUUUAAUUGAAUCCCCUGAAACCAAAAGAUCUGUUAUUGAUGGUAACAACAUGGGAUAUAUUAUUGACGCUGAUGGUGACCACUUGAGAUCUUUUAAUGCAGAAGCUGACAAUGUAAGAUCUAUUCUCGGCGCUGAGGCUUUUCCAGCAUCUGAGUCUGAGUUUGAAUAUUCAGGAUGGGUCUGGGAGCAGAAAUCCAAAUGCAGGAAGAUUCAGAAGGGUGUACAAGGGAUGAAUAAUUGGUCUCCAUUAAACCUCAAGGACACUACCACACACUCUCUGGAUUCAGAGGGUAAAGAUUGUGAGGCCAGCUUUAAGUCCAAGAAAUGGACAAAGGAACAGAGAAGAAAAUGCAAACAUCUACAACAUUCAUCCCAUCAAGUUGAUGUACUAAGGACUAGGGGGGAAUCAGAACCCCAUGAGAAUUUAAAACAAUUGAAGGAAAGUGGUACAGGAUCAGGCAAUAAUGAGUGCCCCUUCUAUAAUUCUGGCCACCGCAUGGGCGUGCCAGGGGACAACGAUGAUGCCACCUUUCAAGACUCCGAAUCAUUUAGGUUCAGUCAGUGGGUACAAGAACAAAAGCUUAUAUGUAAGAAUCUCCAAACUGACCCACAGUAA